GCGAAGCUGCGCGUUUUCACUCUCUGGUGCUCCGCGUGCGUGCCGCCACUGCACACAUCUAGAAACAAUUCGCAGGAUGGAUUUUUAACCUUUAAAUAAAAUGUGAAAUUUUACUAAUUAAAAAAAAUAUGUGAAAAGUGAAAAACAAAAAACAUCAUGGAAUGCAAAACUGUUGUUGGCAAACUUGUAUUGAAAUUUUAAAACUUUGUGAACAAGCGGAGAGCAAGAAAUAAUGCAAACUUUCUGAAUAACUGCUUGGAAGAGAAUUCGCACUGGAAACUUGUGAGGAAAGUGGCACAAUAAGAGCGGAAAAUUCAGGAUAUAAAACGCGCCGGGGACAAAAGUUCAAAUUGCGAAAAUAUUCCGUGCGUAACAUAACUGAUUUUCCACAAAUGAAAAUUCUCAGUGUUCAAACCGCGCCAGUGUAUAUACUCCAUAAGCAUUUAACCAUUCAUUAACUUAAAUCGUAAAUAAUUGUAAACAAUAAAUUAAAUAAUUGUUGAUAUUGUUGUCACUCAUCUCAUCAGCUAUCAACUAAUCAAGUCCUUUCAUCAGUAUAAAGAAACAAAUCAGUAUAGAUCGUCUAAUCACAUAUAAAUAUAAAUCUAAUUAAUGUGGAAUUAACUAAAGUGUGAUAAUAAAUUAAUUAAUGGUUAUAAUAUUUAAAUAUAUAAAUUGUGUGGCCAGUAUUCUAAGCGUCAAGGAAAUGAUCCUAAAAAUUAACAGCGUUCAAAUAUUUAUCGAUGUUAAUUAGUAUUGAUUGUGUGCUCACCACAGGAUAAUAGAGGAUAAUCGGUGAAACGAGUGGGAUUGGCUGGUGAUUUUUGUGUGUGCGAUGCGAGGAAUGCGAUGGUGCGUCGCGGCAGGUAUGACAUGAACGUGGCGGCGGCGACGUUCUCCAUGGGGCGGUUGAUGCGAGUGCUCGUCUGCAUCGUUUGCGUCACGCUCGCGCCCGUCUCCAGCGGCUUCAAUACUGUGGACGAUGCUUCGGCUGCCAACGAGUUGGAUAGGCCAAUUCCAAUGGAGGAUGUCCAGGGUGUGAUGCACAAGAAGAAAGGCUUGCCAUGCGACAUCACCCCAAGAGAUAGAGACGAUGGAGUCGCUAUGGUGUUGUGGUUCAAAGAAACCAUCGGUGAACCAUUAUACAGUUUUGACGUGCGAGGAAGACUGUUCAACCAGGCAAAGCUGUGGUCGGCGCCGACAGUUUUUGGCCCGAGGGCUUAUUUCCGGGCGGCGACCAAUCCGGCAACGCUGGUCAUCGACAACAUCAGCUUGGCCGACGAAGGGAUUUACAGGUGUCGCGUCGACUUUCGCAACUCGCCGACGCGCAACAGCAAAGUGAAUUUCACUGUAAUCGUGCCGCCAGAGAAGCCGGUUAUUUACGAUGGGCGGCGGCGAGAGGCGACGACCUCCGUGGAGCUCUCCUACAACGAGGGGUCCGACGUCAGCUUAAUCUGUCAGGUCCACGGCGGACGACCGUCACCGAGACUGAUAUGGUUCUGGGAGAAUACGAUCAUCGACGACUCGUUCGAGACGCGCCCCGACGGGAUGGUCGUCAACGCGAUGACAUUCCCGAACGUGGGCCGCCAACAUCUCAAAUCAAGACUGAUCUGCCAGGCGACCAACAGCGCGCUGGCGCCGCCGCAAUCCAAGCUAGUCGUCCUAGAUAUUAAUUUAAAACCGCAAACAGUAAAUAUAUUGACGAAGGAGAAGCAUGUUUCGACUGAAAAACGCUACGAUAUCGAGUGCAGGACGACAGGAUCAAGACCUCAAGCCGUCAUCACGUGGUGGAAGGGUAGUCGACCAGUGAAACGACUUGCAAAGAACUUUCUGUUGCAGUAUGGCGGCGACCAGAACAACCAGACGCUGAGCAUCCUCACGCUGGAGCCGAUGAUCGACGACGACGGCAAGUACUUGACCUGUCGCGCCGAGAAUCCUUCCAUUGUCGACAGCGCCCUUGAGGACAAGUGGCGACUCAAUGUUCACUAUCGGCCGGUAGUUUCGCUCAAAAUCGGCUCGACCCUCAACGCCGGCGACAUCAAAGAGGGCGACGACGUCUACUUCGACUGCAAGAUACGCUCGAAUCCAAAGGCUUACAAACUCCUCUGGUACCACAACGGUCACGAAAUCCACCACAAUGUCUCGGCCGGCGUGAUCCUCAGCGAUCAGAGCCUCGUCCUGCAGAGCGUGACGCGCGCCACCGCCGGCAAUUACACCUGCAAGGCGGCCAACACGGAGGGACGCGGCAGCAGCGAGCCUGUCAGCCUUAUCGUGCGAUAUGCUCCUGUAUGUGUCCAAGAACGUGAAGAACUCUACGGUGCGCUGAAACAAGAAACAGUGCAACUUCGAUGUCAAGUGGACGCAAAUCCUGCGCCUGUGUCCUUUCAAUGGACAUUCAACAACUCCGGCGAUCAAACUGAGCUGCCAUCGGCGCGCUAUACUUCCGAACAGUCCUAUUCAAAACUAAAUUACACUCCCGUCUCAGACAUGGACUACGGCACACUAUCCUGCUGGGGUCACAACGAGGUCGGGCAUCAAAAAAUACCCUGCGUCUUCCAAGUCGUCGCUGCAGGACGACCAUUUCCACUUUUAAACUGUACGGUGAUGAAUCAAACCUCGGAUUCGCUGCAAGUGGAGUGUUCGGAGAGUUUUGAUGGCGGCUUACCACAGAGCUUUCUAAUGGAGAUUGUUGAGUUACCUACAAUGCGGUCACGAUUGAACGUGUCCACCACCCGCACUCCUCCUAGUUUCUACGCUGAAGGCUUAGAACCCGGUGUCAGUUACAGAAUAAUGCUGUACGCCAUUAACGCCAAGGGCAAGAGUGACGCAAGCGUCGUGGACACUGUCACGUUCAAAGGUGUCGCCAAAUAUACAGGAAAUUCAGCUACGAUGCCGAUCAGCCCGUUGAUCCUCGCCCUGUUGGGGACAGCUGGAGUACUCGCUGCUGGUGUAUGUUUAGUCCUGGUGGCGUUAUGUAAGCGACACUAUACACGACCAUGCCAUCGCGCAGACAACGGCAGUAAGCACGUGCCGAUGGAGGCGGUCAUCGCCGCCGAGGAUCUCAUCGUCGACGGACACAUCACCGGCGUGCGAUCGCCGACUUUGCCAGAUCCGGUGCUCACCGAGACGGUGCGAAACGGCGCAAAAGCGGAGCCCACCGAUCCGGACAUCAUUAGGAAUCAAUAUGUGCAACGUCCUACACGCGGUUUUAUGAAGGUGUACGAGCCACAGCAGGUGCAGCAGGAUGUGGAUGGCGAAGAGGACGAGGCCGACGACUUUGAUUUUAGACAUGUUGCCAAAGACAAACACAAUCCAAAUCAAACGAUGUAUAGAAGUCUACAGCGACCAGUACGGAAUCCUGUGAACGCGCUGUCCGGCUCCCAGACGCUCACGCACAAAUACCGAGGGCCUGAAGUGGUCACCACCUCCAAUCGGAUACAGGAGAGCUGCAUAUAAUCUGAUCAUUGCGACCCAAAUCGAAGGAGAAAAAAAACUGUUUUUAUCAUGUAUUAUAUUUAAUGUAUUUAAAAAUUAACAAAUUGAAUUCAAAAUUCAA